AUGACUCUGCCCCCGACGUCGUUUGUGCCCUCGAGAACCAUGGUUGGCCAUGUUGGACCAAACCCAACGGUCAGCGCGGCAUUUGCUGCGUCGCCUUGUCGUGAGCGUCGUGCUGUGCCCUGCGUGGAACUGAGCCGUGCGUUGGUUGCGGGUGGUGGCCUCACGCACUGUGCAUACCGUGUCCAUGUAAAUGUGGUGUACGGUGCGCAGUCGUUAAUCGCCACGGUACGGCGGACGUCCACUCGCCAGAGGCUCCGGCUCCCACUCCCGCCUCGACAUCGCCAUCGUGAGCCGCUCACCACCUGCUGCCGUCUGAUUCUCGCCAACGCAUCUCGAGCCCUCCUCUCCCUUCGAGUCCACGUCGGCAUGCGGCGGCGGAGCGGCGGCCUGCCUGCGCCGGCGACAGAGUUUGCCGCGAGGAAGAAUAAAAUCUUGCAGCAGCUGGCCGUGCCCGACGGCGAAUACCUCGACGCCUCGCCCAAGGGCUCCGUCGACGAGGGCAUACGGCAUCUCAUCGACGAGAUCAACGGCGCCGACGGCCUCGUCACGACGAGCAGCUGCGCCGGGCGCGUGAGCGUCUUCCUCGAGGGCCGGAAGACGCCGGGGGACGAGCACGAGCGGUGGCCGCGGGAGCAGGUCGCCGGCGUCGGCGGCAAGGGGGCCGGGGGGACGUGGCUCUACGUGUCGCACGAGCCCGUCGCCUGCGCCGACGGCGAGGCCUUGCGGGCGUGGACCGAGGCCUUGGCCUUUGCCGAGCCCUCGUCGUCGUCGGCCGGAGGCCACGAGCCCCACGACGGCCGGCUGAUUCACUUCAAGUUCGAGCCCAUGAUCCUCCACAUCCUCACGGCAUCGCUGGCCCACGCGCAGAUGGUGCUCCGCUCGGCCCUCCAGGCGGGCUUCCGCGAAUCCGGCGCCAUCAACCUCACCUCGACGGCAUCGUCAGCGGCGACAGCGGCACACGCGGCACCUCACGCCUCGCCGAUGCCCAUGGUCGCCGUCCGAUGCAUGGGGCUCGCCUUGGAGUCGCUCGUGGGCUUCGAGACGGCCGACGGCCUCGAGCGCCGCCGCCUCGUCGACGACGCGUACCUGCGCACCCUCCUGUCCGUCGCCAACGACCGCUUCUCGGAGAAUGCCAAGCGCAUCGAGAGGUUCCGCGCGGGGCUCCGGGAGCUCUUGCGGACGGCCGGUGACCCGAAGCUCAACCGCGAGGGUCACGAGUGGGAGGAUGCCGCCGCGAGGAGGGAACGGAUGAGGACCGAGGGCUUGCGGAAAAAGGCGGCCCUCGCGGCGGAGAGGAGAGCAGGACCGGAGGAGGGCAUGGACGGUUGA